AUGGAAAAAUUAAUUCUGUGUGUUAUCCUUCUGGUUGUUCUGAUCACCAUUGUGAAGGGUUGUAACAAUAAUAUGAACAAAACUCCAACUGAAGGGCCUUCUACAGAUAGUCCAGCCCCACUUCCCACUCCGGUCACUUCUAAAGAGGAAACAGAGAAGCCAGAGGAUGAAGAGGAGACAACGGAAGGAAAGAAAAAGGACGAAAAGGAAGAGAAUGGAACGGGCAAGAAAAAUUGA